UGCUCGUUCCCCGACGAUCACCAUGUCGACCAAGGAGUCAGAGUCGAAGUAUGGGUCCCACGAGAAGGAUGUGGACGUCUACGUCGCUGGGUCUGACACGGAGGCCAGCCCUGAGUCCCACGGCGCCGGUGCGCACACGCUCCAUAGAACGAUGAAGAAUCGGCAUAUUGCCAUGAUCAGUAUUGGUGGUGUCAUUGGCACGGGUCUUUUCUUGAGUACCGCCAACUCUCUGGCAAGCGGUGGCCCCGUCGGUCUCCUCCUCGGUUAUUCCAUCGUCGGCUCGAUUUGUUUCGCGGUCAUGAUCUCUCUCGGCGAAAUGAUUUCAUACCUUCCCGUUCCCGGAGGUCAUAUCACCUUGGCAGAGCGUUUCGUCGAUCCAGCAUGGUCCUUCACUCUCGGCUGGAACUACUGGUACAACUGGACGAUCAUUCUCCCCGCUGAACUAAGUGCCGGCGCCGUACUUAUAGGCUUCUGGACAGACAAGAUCAAUGACGCGGUAUGGAUCACGAUCUUCCUUCUUGUGGUCAUUGGUAUCAACAUGUUCGGCGCUAAGGCCUACGGCGAAGCAGAAUUCUUUUUCGCCUCGAUCAAGGUCAUCACGAUUGUUGGGCUUAUCAUUCUCGGUCUCGUGCUCGACCUUGGUGGAGGCCCGAAUCACGACCGCAUCGGGUUCCGCUACUGGAAGAACCCGGGGCCGUUCGCGCAGUUUGAUGGCAUUGGCGGUUCCAAGGGUCGUUUCCUCGCCUUCUGGUCUGUCUUGACCAAUGCUGCUUUCUCGUUCAUUGGUACGGAGAUUGUCGCCAUUGCUGGUGGUGAGGCCAAGAACCCGCGCCGCAACAUUCCUAAAGCCAUCAAGCGUGUGUAUGUCCGCAUCUUGCUGUUCUAUAUUGGUGGCGUCACCAUCAUCGGCCUGCUCGUGCCGUACACAAACCCAAAUCUGAACCUCACGAAGAACACUGCCGCCAAGUCUCCGUUCGUCAUUGCCAUUGAGACUGCGGGCAUUAAAGGCCUUCCCUCCGUCAUCAAUGCGGCCCUGUUGACUUCUGCUUGGUCCGCCGCAUCGAGCGAUCUUUACUCUUCCUCUCGCGCCCUCUACGGUCUCUCGGUUAACGGUAACGCGCCCAAGAUCUUCUCGCGGAUUAACCGCUGGGGUCUUCCCUAUGUUGCCGUGGCGACCAACUGCAUGUUUGGUCUUCUCGCAUACAUGGCCGUCAGUGCCGGCGCGGGCAAAGUAUUCGGCUGGUUCUCCAACAUGACCUCCGUUGCCGGUCUCAUGAGCUGGUUCGGUAUCUGCGUGGUCUACGUCCGCUUCUACGCGGGUCUCAAGGCACAGGGCUUCGACCGCAAGACGCUCCCGUACUAUUCGAACCUUCAGCCAUACGCAGGCUGGUACGGUGUCUUCUCUACGGUCCUCAUCUGCUUCUUCAGCGGCUGGGCCGUGUUCCUCAAGGGCAACUGGUCGGCCGCCACCUUCGUGACGAACUACCUCCCCUUGAUCCUCUUCCCGAUCCUCUAUAUUGGCGCGCGCAUCUGGCGACGCACAAGCUUCAUCCCCGCCUCCGAGAUGGACUUCCAGUCCGGCCUCGCCGAGAUCGAGGCGGCGUGCUACGACGAGCCGCCACCACGCAACUGGGUCGAGAAGGCCUGGAACUGGCUCAUGUGAAGUGGGCUCGUUCUGCACCAACACUUUUUCCCACGCAUUAUAUUUACUCGAAAUUGCGCACUCGCUCUGUUUUAUUCGGUAUGAUAUACUUAGUGUAACAGUAGAAAAGACUUGUAAUACCCCUUCGCAGUGUUUUUUCUUGCCUGUCAUUGGCUGUAUUUUGCCCUUGUUGGAUCCCUGGAACGCCGUGGACGUUUACGAAUGAUUGAAUUCACAGAU